UUCUGGAUGAGGUCGAAUGGGAUCGGUCCAUCAUCUUCCUUUGCACCCUCUUCAUCGCAUCCCCGCGCCGACACUACCACUUCAUCGACAGCAACAGCAACAUCAUCGCCAAGAAACAACAGCGAUCGACCUCGCCUUGUAAGGGCCAGCCCAAAGUAAGCAUAUUCCCAACCCCGCACUGGACCCUGUCUGUAUGGCAUCACACAUCGUCCAGGAACGCUGUUUUGGCCUUGUCCUCAUCUUUCUUAACAUAUACAGGCAUCAGCAACAAUGUCUAGUUUCAGUGCCAGCAAGACUGGUAUGGCAACACAGCACCAGCGCCGACAAAGCAUGCCUGCACCCGCUCCCAUCUCCACAGCUGUUACGCCGACAAUUAUAACCACGCCACCCUCUGCAACGGGAUCAGGGCCUUUGGGAUCCAGAUUUCACAGUCGCCAUCCUAUGAUGCUCCACGGAGGACCGACCAACAGUAUCCAGGACUGGGUCGAGAAAGGCCUGUCAUUCAUCCCCAGACGUCGACGACAGAUCCGGUAUCCGAUCGUGGUCUGUCUCGGUUUGUACCUGUUCUUACUCUACCUCUACUUCCAGGACAUGUCGACAUGGUCUGCAUUGGCUGGCUUCAAGCUUAAGAACUGGGCGUUCAAUUGGGACGUCAAGCGUUGCUCCUAUCGCAAGGAUCCAAUGCUCUUUGUCAAGGACAGUUCAACAGUGUUGGUGAUCUGGGAAAUGAACUGCAAACUGCCUGAGAUGGGUCUGACCUGGGUCUCAGCCGCUCAGCAUAGCGGUCAGGUCGACUUGGAUGAGACGCAUGGAUCGACAUCAUUUACUGUAUUGGACAAAACCCAUGUCGUCUAUACCGCAACACUCUCCGGGAUGCCGACCGUCAACAGCAAUAUCACCUAUUCUAUUGUUCCUCCAAGAGCCAUGUCACAUCUCUUCCGAUCCUACACCUUUUCUCAUCUCCCAAACCCGCCUCUGAUCGCAGAUCGGGAGAUUGCACGCUUUGGAGCCGUCUCUGACAACCAGUGUGAGGUCGCGCAGUUUUUCAAGGUCCUCAAAGCAAUGACAGAGCACCACAAGGUCGAUUAUCUGAUCCAUGCAGGCGAUGCGGUUCAGGACUAUAACUCACUUGACAACUGGCAGACGGACUUUGCUUCACCUCUCUCCUACUUCAAAAUCGGCCAGACAACACCUCUGAUCUACACUCAUGGCAACCAUGACUUUGAUCCUCAGGGACUGUACCCAUACACGGGCAAGCGCACAUGGCACGCCUAUACACUUUCUGGCGUUCGUUUCAUUGUCCUGGACUCGAACCUCGAUGCGCGUGAACAGGAUCGCUGGCUCGAGGAGGAAUUGAGGUCGGAGGCCUCGAAGCAGGCAUGGUUCAGGGUCGUCUUGGUUCAUAUCUCACCCUACACGCAGUACUGGGAGAAGGACGCGUGGGUGGACAAGGGCGAGAAGAACUGGGGAUCCUUUGUCCGGACCCGGUAUGUAUCCCUGUUUCAGAAGCACAACGUCGACCUAGUGAUUUCAGGUCAUCAACAUAAUUACAUGCGUGGACAGGACGAUCAUACGGUGUACACCAUUAUUGGUGGUGCAGGAGGUUCAUUAGAUAAAGAGCAGGUCGAGGACUAUACGGUAUGGGCAGAAGGAAAAACCAUGUUGCGACACCACUAUGUGCUCAUGAAGAUCACGGGCGACCGUAGGCUGAUCUGGGAGGCCUAUGAUGCCGACUGCGGGACGCGUCUAGACGCUUUUGUUUUGCACUCGAGAACAGAGGUAUGAGCAUACUAGAGGGAGCCAGUGCUCUAUACGACUACUACUCCACACAAAAUAAAAAAAUCUACUAUAAAAAAGCAAUCUACUAUCUACAAGCUGAAAGUUGGAUAGAGGAUGCUCUGCUAUGUCGCGUAGAUUCGAUGGACUCGAGACCCA